AAAGAAUAUCUAACUUUAGUGGAACAGUGCAUGAAUUUCGCCUGUGAAAUGAUGGAUUUGUGCAGAGGUACGCAAGAGGUUGAAGCCGUGAUUUCUGACUUCCUCGAGGAUGGGACAAAUAUUCGUGAUCCGCUGGGCCGAUUACGAUUAGCCAUUCAGUUUGAGGAGAAAAAGUUCGUAGCCCAUCCCAAUUGUCAACAGUAUCUAACCACAAUUUGGUAUGGAUCUGAAACUGCAUUCCUACAGUCCUGGUCGCUUAUUCGAAAAAUUGGUCUGUCAAUCGCUGCCACUCCUCUCCUUCCGUUGCUCUGUUUAAUCUACAUCAUGUUCCCUACAUCCAACUUGGCUCGAUCAAUGCGGUGUCCGGCGGCCAAGUUUGCCACUCACGUGGUUUCUCAUUUCUCUUUCCUCAUCCUUCUGGCGGCGGCCACAUUCCGGCUGGAAGAGAACUACGAUGAAAUGAUGGAUCAAGAAAUGGCGGGAAUAGGAGAUACGAAUUCCGUCCGCGAAUGGGUGGCCAAAAGUUUUCGACCUUCCAAAUCUAUUAUUACACACGUACAAAUUUACAUCGUGCUUUGGGUUGCUGGUCUGCUCUUGGCCGAUGUGAAGCACAUUUAUUUCGCCGGGUUCAGGUCCUACAUUGCCAAUUCAUACAAUAUUUUAAAUUUUUGCAUACUCUCCAUGUACAUUGGUUCCUACACUCUUCGAAUCAUCGUCGAUCGAUGGGUUCGCGAAUCGGAUUUGUACUUCAAUGCUACAAUGCAGAUCAAUUAUCUGUUGAAAAACAACGACAGUCAACUCAUCCACAAGUUGGUCCGAAACUGGACCAAGUCAGGUCCUUUUGACAAAAGUUAUUUCAUUACAGCAUGUAAGUCUGCUCCUCUUCUAAUCGGUAUGCGCACGCAUUCGACCAAUUUUCUGUUCAUCCAUACCUGUUGGCUUCAGAUGUUCCGGAUAGUCCCACCAUCAAUUCACUCUUAUCUGAGCAUGCGUAGACGAAAAACAAAUUUAUCAUCGUAUGGGGGCUUGGGAAGUCUGCAGCGCAUAAAAACUGUAAAUAACAAGCUGCGGGUGUGA